AUGGGGCCCCCAGGCAAUAGGGGAUCAUGGGGCCCCUGUGUCCUUGCCCAAACUCAAAAAUGCCUAUGAAAAAGGUACCAGGGGCAUCUCAUGGGGCCCCCUACUGACCGAGUUUCCAAAUGAGGUAGCCUUUAACCCCAGGUAUGAAAGUGAAAAGAAAGGCUUCUGAGCAGGGGCGGACUGAAAACUCAUGGGGCCCCCGGGCAAUAGGGGAUCAUGGGGCCCCUGUGCCCUUGCCCAAACUCAAAAAAGCCUAUGAAAAAGGUACCAGGGGCAUCUCAUGGGGCCCCCUACUGACCCCGGGCCCUCGGGCAGUGCCCGAGUUUCCAAAUGGUCAGGCUGCCACU